CAACGACGUCGUGUCUUUCUAUCUAGCUAGUCAUCCUCUCACUUCCGCGUCGCCCGGCCGCAUAGAUAAGCAGAAACCCUAAACAUCCCAAUUAUUGUACGCCGGUGAGCUACGCAGAGAGUGCGAGCGUGAGAAUCAGAGAUGGACCAUUACUCAGGAGGAAGCUGGACUAUGAUUCCGUCCGUGCCGACACACAGUAACACCUCUACACCCUCAAAUCAAGACCAUCUCUACCUCAGUCACCCACAACCACAACAGCAGCAGCAGCAAGUUCAACUCCAACAAUUUCAACAACAACGUAUCCUCCAACAACAACAGCAGCAGCAGCAACAGCAACAACAACAGCACCAUCAGCACCAAUCACUGGCGUCUCACUUUCACCUCUUACAUAUGGUGGAGAAUUUAGCGGACGCGAUCGAGCAUGGAACUAGGGAUCAGCAGACAGAUGCACUGGUCAGUGAUUUGAACAACCACUUUGAGAAGUGCCAACAUCUGCUGAAUUCAAUCUCGGGUUCAAUUAGCACCAAGGCUAUGACAGUUGAGGGUCAGAAACGGAAGCUAGAAGAAAGUGAGCAGUUGUUGAAUCGGCGAAGGGAUUUCAUUGCAAAGUACAGAAGCUCUGUUGAAGAGCUUAUCAAGUCUGAGCCAUAAAAUGGCCGUGCUUCCAUUAUGUGGUCUAGUUGCUGUCAGAACGUUCUGUACUACUCCCAAGUUCUAAAUGAAAGCCAGAGGUCCUGGAAUGUGGGUUUAGAGUAGUUUCCAUGGUUCUUUAUAUACAAUAUUGUUAGUGUAUCAUACUUGAGACUAAAUAUUGAGCAUGUAUGGCAUCUCCUAUGCAUUGAAGUCAUUCUUUGAUCCAGUUUUAACGAGACCCACCGGUGCCCUCAAUAGACUCCCUCCCCCUAUUGCUUCGAUUUAUUCUGCCGAACGUGCUUUGCAAAAGUUGAAGAACUGUUGUUGCAUCUGGCGAAUUAUGCAUGAUGCUAGCUGAUUUAGAAGAAGAAUUGCAGAGUUUUCUAUUGGGAUGAAAGCUCAUUCCUGAAGUGGCUGGAGGAAUAUUAGGAGCACUUUGUCACUGCUUCAGCAUAAUAGUUUUUACUGUUGGAAGAAUGUUGUGACUCUAUAUGUUUAAUUAUAUUAGUACUUUGAUUAUAAAUAAAUAAAAAUCACUAUUUAGUAACAA